UGCUACUCUGCGCUAAAUAUACCCUAACCUACCGGUCUUUUUCUUAUCUCAUGCGCCUCUACUGAGUUUGAGUCACGAACUGAUUGGUAUCUAUGCUACCUACGAGAAUUAAACUUUUCUUUUCUUUAAUUUCUUCUUUCGAUUAGAGAUGUUCUGAAUUUGAGAGAGAGUUUUUUUUUUCAUCUCAGGCGGCACCCCACGAGCGAGAGAAGUGGAUUCAGACGUUCAUUACUGAGAUAUUCUGAAUCUGUGAGUAUAUUUUUCAUCUCAGGCGGCAAUCCACGAGAGAAGUUCAUUGCUGAUUCAACAUUUGUUUUCUGAUGCAGUGCAGCUCCAAUUAGUUAGCCACAUCAGCAAACUAACAGUUUGUUAGAAUUUGUUAGUUGUAAUUCUGUUCCAAUUUUCAUAUAAAAGAAUGUAAUAAGCUGUAUUCUGGCAACGAGAAGUUCAAUAUGAUUCUGCUUCAUUUCUUCCUAUCAUUCUCUCUCAUAUUUCACUAAAUCCUCCAUUAAAAUUAGCUUAGCUCGAUCUGGUUUCUCCAUCUUAUUACCAGUUCCACAAGCUAGUAUUGCAGGGUCAAUCUCUACGGAUCCAACCUGCACCAUUGGUAUCAGAGACUAUUUCUCGUAAUCAUUCAAAAUUCUGAUCGCAAUUGUUAGACAUCAGCAAUUUCACUAUCAAUUGCAGUAAUUCCGCUUCAACAAAAUUAGUGACAGAUGGCGCCUACUGUCAGAGAACUAGAUGACCUAAUGAACAAAAAGUUCAUUGAAAAUGAUGAACAACUCAAGAAUCUAAGUGAAAGAAUGGGGAAUCUUGAGCAAAUGAUACAAAAUCUGACGAACUUGAUGCAGAAUAAUCAAGAUACUCGUCGCCAGCAUAUUCUCUACCAAGAACCAUCUUCAACAGCUGGUAACGUGAUCAGGCCUGAAUCUUUUGCUACCAGGUGUACUAAGAUUGAUUUUCCUAAAUUUCAUGGUGAAAAUGUAAAAGAGUGGUUAUACAAGUGUGAACAGUUUUUCACCAUUGAUAAAACUCCAGCAUAUGCUAAAGUUUUUAUAGCAUCCAUGCAUUUAGAUGGUAAGGCAUUGCAAUGGCAUUAUGCAUUAAUGAAGGAUAAAGAAAAUACUGAUAUAAUGCUAUGGGAGGAUUAUGAGAAACUGGUGCUGGAAAGGUUUGAUCAAACUUUUGAUGAUCCUAUGGCUGAAAUGAUGUCAUUAAGGCAAGCAGGUUCUGUAAUUGAUUACUUGGAACAGUUUGAGGCUAUAUUGACUAGAUUAAAGUUGUCUGAUGAACAUAAACUGAGUUGCUUUGUUAAUGGAUUGAAACAUGAGACCAAGAUGCAUGUUAGAAUGUUUAAUCCCACUUCUGUCCAAUAUGCCGCAAGAUUAGCCAAACUAUAUGAAAGCUCUAAGGAGUAUAAACCAAAACCUGCACAUGCACCUUUUGCUAACCUCAAACCUGCAUCCCUGUUGCCCACACCAAGUUCUAGGCCUUUUACAUCUAAAACAGUCACAAAUAACCACCAAGAGCAACCACAGAAGCUACCCACGCAAUCUGAAAUGACUGAAAGAAAGUCCAAAGGAUUGUGUAUGUAUUGUGGUGAUCCUUACACUCCUGGUCAUUAUGCAGAAAAACACAAGAAACCUCAGUUGUUUUAUAUUGAGGGAGAAGAAGAAUAUGGGAUAGAGGAAGAAGAUAUGCCAGAAGAACCAGGAGUAUGCAUUUCUAUGAAUGCUAUGGUGGGUUUACCUCAUUUUCAGACAAUGAGAGUGACAGGUUAUGUCAAUAAAAAGCCAUUGCACAUCCUGAUAGAUAGUGGCAGUACACAUAAUUUCAUUGAUGAAACUACUGCUAAGAAAAUGGGUUGUAAAAUGGAAGAGGUUAAGCCUAUGUGUGUAGCUGUGGCUGAUGGUAAUAAGAUGAUUGUAUACAGAAUGUGUAAAGGAUUUCAAUGGAAAAUCCAUGACACCACGUUUACAUCAGAUUACAUGGUGCUACCUUUGGGUUGUUGUGAUAUUGUUUUAGGUAUUCAAUGGUUAUCAACAUUGGGUCCAAUAACUUGGGAUUUUCAGAAGCUACUCAUGGAAUUCAAGAUAAAUGGAAAGAAGCAUAUGUUGAGGGGAUCAGAUAAUACCAACAAACUCAAGCUCACAUCAUCCCAGAAAUGUCAGGAAUUGAUAGCAGAAGGGGGCAGUCAAUUAGCCAUGAUACAACUGACAGAUCUUAUGGAUCAUGAAAGGGUACAUUUCUCAUACUAUUCUACUCUAUUAUCAGCCCAAGUAGAGAUUAUUGAUCAAAAUAAAGGCAUUACUGACUUGAUAGAAAAAUAUUCUAUCCUUUUUGAAGAACCAACUGAAUUACCUCCUUUUAGGGGAGAAUUUGAUCACAGGAUACCCCUUAAAAAUGGAUCUCAGCCUGUUAGUAAGAGACCAUAUAGGUAUCCAUCCCUGCAAAAAGGAAUAAUUGAGAAGUUGGUCAAGGAAAUGCUGGAAUUUGGAAUCAUACAAAACAGUAGCAGUCCAUAUGCAUCUCCAGUGGUUUUAGUGGGAAAAAAAGAUGGAUCUUGGCGCCUAUGUACUGAUUACAGAGAACUGAAUAAACAAACAAUAAAGGAUAAAUUUCCAAUUCCAUUAUUGGAUGACUUACUGGAUGAACUUGGAGGAGCUACUGUGUUCUCAAAAUUGGACUUAAGGAGUGGUUAUCAUCAACUAAGGAUGAACAAAGAAGAUGUCCACAAAACAGCUUUCAAAACUCAUGAAGGGCAUUAUGAGUUUGUUGUUAUGCCUUUUGGACUAUCUAAUGCCCCAUCUUCUUUUCAAGGCCUCAUGAACCACAUUUUUAAACCAUUUCUCAGGAAGUUUGUCCUUGUAUUCUUUGAUGAUAUACUCAUCUACAGUAGAAUAGUGAAGGACCAUAUUGUGCAUCUGGAACAGGUUUUUCAGAUUCUCAAGGAGAAUAAGCUAUUCCUUAAGAAAAGUAAAUGUGCUCUGGCAAUGACUAGGGUUGAAUACCUAGGUCAUUUUAUAUCUGCUGAAGGGGUAAGUACAGAUCCACAUAAAGUUGAAGCUGUGAAGAAUUGGCCUAUUCCUAAAAACCUAAAGCAACUGAGAGGUUUUCUAGGUCUUUCUGGCUAUUACAGGAGGUUUAUUAAAGGAUAUGGUCAGGUUGCAAAACCUUUAACAGAUCUUUUAAAAAAGGACAAAUAUUCUUGGAAUGAAAAAGCCACAGUAGCAUUUGAACAUUUGAAGAAGCUACUGUGUACUGCACCAGUGUUAGCUCUUCCAGAUUUUAACAAAACAUUUGUCAUUGAAACAGAUGCUUCUGGGUAUGGAAUGGGUGCAGUGCUUAUGCAGGAAGAACACCCUAUUGCAUUUAUCAGCAAAGCUCUUGGUCCUAAAAAUCAAGCAAAGUCAGCUUAUGAGAGAGAACUAAUGGCAGUGGUGUUUGCAAUUCAGAAAUGGAGUCCAUAUCUUCUCAACAAACAUUUUAUCAUCAAGACUGAUCAAAAAAGUCUCAAAUACUUAUUGGAACAAAGGAUUACUAAUCCUUGCCAACAAGAUUGGAUGGCAAAAUUAAUGGGAUAUGAUUUUGAAAUACAAUAUAAAAAAGGGCAAGACAAUAAAGUGGCUGAUGCACUUUCAAGAAAAGAGGGAAUGUCUGAUUCUCAGCUCUACCACAUAAUUUUGAAUCAGAUACAAUCUGAUAUGCUGCAGCAAAUCAAGCUUUCUCAGGAAAAAGAUAUGGCUUUACAAAAGAUAGUUGAAGAUUUAAAAGCUGAUUCGUCUUCUCAUAUGCAUUACAGUUGGAAAAAUGGUGAACUUAGAAGGAAAAAGAAGCUGGUUGUAGGGUCAGAAAUGGAGCUUAAGAAACAAUUACUACAAUGGGCUCAUGAUUCCUCAGUAGGAGGACAUUCUGGUAGGGAUACUACCAUUCAAAGACUGAAAUCCCUAUUUUAUUGGACAGGCAUGUUCAAGGAUGUUCAAAGAUAUAUUAGAGCUUGUGAUGUGUGUCAAAGGUGUAAAUAUGACCAGUCUAGCUACCCAGGCCUUUUGCAACCACUUCCUAUACCUACAAGGGUGUGGUCUGCUAUCUCCAUGGAUUUUGUUGAAGGUUUGCCUAAAUCUAAUGGUAAAGAAGUAAUCCUGGUUGUGGUAGAUAGACUAAGUAAAGCUGCACAUUUUUUGGCAUUAUCACAUCCAUUUUCUGCAAUUGAGGUGGCUCAAGUUUACAUGGAUAAUGUUUUUAAACUUCAUGGUCUACCAGAUUCAAUUGCGGCACUCCACAAGAGAAUUGGAUUCAGAAGAAGUUCAUUGCUGAUUCAACAUUUGUUUUCCAGGCUUCCUAUUAUGAGGAUUCAAGAUUUACAGCGUGAGAUGUUUGAUGUUGUGAAAAUCCACGGCCAUAUUGAAAUUGCAACAGUUCACGAUGCUCUGCACGCCCCUCCCCCUUUGAGUUUGGGAAAUUGGGAGACAAUAAGCUAUGAUGAAUUGAAAAAAGAAGACACCCCACUCUCACUCAUUCUCUGGCAUGGACGGAUUUACUACUGGGCUUCUGGGGUGAACAGACCCGACGCACCCUCCAACGCCGCCGCCGCCUCAUCAGCCUUCAACGCACCUGUCAUUGGUAAAUGCAUUGUGGGACUUCUGGGCUUCUGGGCGGCUUACUUAUCGCGCUGAUUUGUGUGGCCAAAAGCAUUUUGGGACUUGUGAAGGAAUUGAUGUAUUUGGUGCAUCAGCCAAACAAAUUGUGGCUGAUCUGAUGUGCUUGAUUGUCCAUUUGUCUCUAAUGUUUCCUGAUUUUAAAUUUUUUUUCUCAGACAUUCCUUCAUUCAAAGGCCUCAUCUUUAUGCUUGAUCACAAGUACGGUUAUUGUAAAUGUGUGAUAAAGAUUUCAUCUUCAGUGUAGCUUUCUGAGAUUUAAAAGCUUCCUGAGUGGGAGGUUUUAUUUGUUUAGGGAAAAGUGGGAUUCAAGAUGAGGGAAAGGUAGGGAUUUUAGCAUGUACUUCGUAAAAUGGUUUCUUGUUUGGGUAGAUUUGUGGUGGAGAAGAACAGUUUGAGGGUGACGUCCCCAGUCUCCAUAAGAUGUGUAUGAGUGUGCGAGUUAUAUUUCAUGUAUAAAAAAACUCCCUAU